UUGGUCAAUUAUUCAUACGGGAAUAUGAGAUCAUUGUCAGAAAUCAGCUUAACAAUGAUAAUUGUUCAAUAAGAACAGUCGUGUCCCAAAGACGCAAUCUCCUCAAACUGUUACCGUUUAUGAAUAAUAUGUCUUAAUUUCCUCAAUAUUAAGUACAAACGAAUGAGAAAUACAUGUGUAUAUGUAUUUUCAGGAGUUAUAUGCAUACAUAAGUUUCGGGUGAUAGUCAUAUUUUAUUAUUCGAUUUGUUGUUUAUGUCAUAACGUCUAUGAGAAUAUCUCUUGGAUGCAAAGAACGCAAAAAAGCAAAAGUAAUAGCAGACAAGGCUUAUGAGAAAACGUAUUCAAAAUUUAUUUCAUUAUGAAAGUUGAAGCAAAGCUGGGAAGAAUAAAAUAUUUUGCUGCUUUAGGGAUUUUAGUUAUAUUGAUGUUGACAAUAAAAAGGAGACAUUACACAAAGUUUGAUAUGACAAGCAACUAUAAUGCCUUCCUUUUAUCAGAAGGUAGCACUGGAGUGGGAAAUCUUAACGUUGUUGGACGUGCUUUGUUAGAACAAAGAAAUAAUGUAUCGAAAUUGCUUAACAUGAAACAACAGGUACUUGGACAACUGGAAUGCAAGGAAAAAAAUACAACAACUACAACUGGAGGCUGGUGUGAGAAACAGAACAGAGCGCAUGCAGGAAAAGGACUGACCGAUGAACAGCUGGUGCCUGCAUUGGUACAAGUGUUAAAAGGAAAACACAUUGGAAGUUUUGGAGAUGGGACAGGGCAAUAUAAAGAACUCAUUAUUGCUUCUGGCGAAGUCAAAGGCUAUGAUGCAUACGAUGGGGCGCCAUUUUCUGACAUCAUAAGCAAUGGGAGCGUUAAGUAUCUUGAUUUGACCCUACCACAGUAUGGAUUACCUCUGUAUGACUGGGUUCUGAGUAUCGAAGUGGCAGAACAUAUUCCAAAGCGUUUUGAAAGUAUAUAUAUUGACAACGUUGUUCGUCAUGCGCAAGAAGGUGUGAUUUUAAGCUGGGCAAAGGUUGGGCAGGGUGGUUAUCACCAUAUUAAUAACAGACCAUUUGAAUACGUUAGAGAUUUAAUGGAUUCAAAAGGAUUUAUCCACGACAAAGAAUUAUCAGACAAUUUAAAAUCAGCUGCCAGUGUGCGAUUUCUGAAAUGGAAUUUGAAUGUCUUCCGAAGAAAAAAUAUCCUUUCAAAAGACGUUUUAAUGUUACAGACUUAAAAAAGUACAAAAGAUAACAACGAAAGUUCUAGACGAAUUUUUAGAAGAUUUUUGACUAGACUUCAUAUCAUAUGUAGAGAUAUUUGAUAAAAGGUCAGUGCGAAUAUGCACCUUAGCGUUGUGUUUCCUGUAGUGACAGGGGCCACUUUCGUAUUUGGCCUGGGUACGGUUUGUUUAAUAAAAUAGGUAGAUGUACAUUAAAGGCAUUUGUAUUCAGCUGGUUAUUUAUGAUGUUUAUAGAACUAAGGAUUCCUGCGAACGAGUAAUUAUUAUCUGAAAUAGAUAUAUGCUUGAAUCGAUUUUCCUUGCUCUGUGCAGACGGCCGGGUCUAAAAUCUUACCUGAGCUAACGGAAGUCUGUCUGACGAAAUGGAGACGGUCCUCCAUCCAUCCAGAUUCAGCUCAAAUUUGCAGAAAAAAAUUAAACCAUUAUGAGACACUUUUCUUCCCGCCAUUAUAGAUAUCUGGUCACAUUCUCCAAAUAUAUAGAUAUGAUUUAGGUCAGUCAUUUGCAUAUAAUACGGCACAGGUCGCGCAAGGUGUGCAUUUUGGGCCAUUUUCGCCUAACAGUUUAGUAUCCUGAAACCAGAGUUUUACUUCUUCUUAUCACAGAAAAAACGGCAUCGGCAGGCUGUAAAUGCCACAUGAUGAAAUUGCAAAGUAUAUGCAAUACAUCCGUUCUAAACUUCCCUGGAAUUUCUCAAAAUUGAAUUUUUUGAUGAUUUCUUUUCGCACUGGUAUCAGCACCGAUUUGUGGAUUUUUCAAAUUUACUGCCCCUUGCCCCCCAUUUUAAGUGUGAUCUAUUAAGUUAUAUUUUGAUCAAAGCAUACAAGGUUUGACUUUUGGUGGACUAGAUUGAAUACACCAUGAGAGACAGUUCCAGCUGGGUCUGUGCAGCUCUGAUAUUUUUGAGUGUCUCGUUUGUUAAUGUAGCUCUCGUAUGCUACAUGUGUAUGCUGUACUUUUAACGUUGUAUGUAUGUGUAUAUAUCAUUCAAAUAUUUCCAUAAUUCACUAGAGAUGCUAGAGAUACGGAUUGAACGGCAGCUACAAAGAUCUUUUGUUACCGUCAUUUACAGUUAGGCAAAGCUAACAACGUCACUUGUUUCAACUUUACAAAAGCAUGUCGUUGGACAGGUAUCAAAGAGAAACCGGAACUACAAAUACAAAUACAUGUAUAAGGAUAAUGUGUACUAAAUCUUGACGUAGACGUUUACCUCUGUUACAUGACAUGCUCAGUAUGUUUUUGUCAAACCUA